GAUAGUGCUAUAGGUCCCAUUCCGGUGACAAAUGAAACGUCGGUUCUUGCCUGUCAGUGACACAUCUGCCGCAACAUUGACCUGCUGCUCACUAUUUGUUCUGUCAAGAUUGUUUAAUUGUCCAGCCAUCAUCAUGCCAUCCAACAGUAAUUGGGAGGAUGAGGAACACACAUCCAAAUUUAUGAGGAAGGCAAAAGAAUCGCCAUUUGUGCCUAUAGGUAUGGCCGGGUGCCUUGCAAUUGUGGCAUUUGGACUUUAUAAGCUGAAAUCGCGUGGGGACACAAAGAUGUCUGUGCACCUUAUUCAUAUGCGUGUGGGAGCACAAGGAUUUGUGGUGGGAGCAAUGACAUUGGGUGUGGCAUACUCCAUGUAUAGAGAGUACCUGGCUCCCAAAGAUUCAGGAAAUGACAGCAAGUAAGCCAAUCACUGCUCAGCAUGGGUGUAAGGUGACCAGAACCUUUUCUAUGGCUGCUGUUCCUAAUACCUACUGUACUCUUAAAGAAUGAAAUGAAAGAAUGUAAUGGAUGUAACAGUUUACAGAGAAGACACAUGAAAUGGCUCUUGGUGACACCAAGGUCCAAAUCACUGCCACAGACACGCACACAGGGUCCAAAAUUAUAUGAAUGGCAACCAAUGGAAAACCCAGAGUACAAUGCAUCAUCCAUGUCACUCAAGUGCUCUGUUACACAAGCUCAAAGGAUCGGAACCUUUAAUUAAUCAAAUUACUGCUUGUGGGUUGACAGUCUUUUGCAGCCUUGUUGUCACUGUCCACUAAGAUCUAUGAAAACCAAAUGCAGGAACUGGGCGGCAGUAGCUCAGGAGGUAGAGGAGUCGUCCAGCAACUGCAAGGUUGCUAGUUCGAGCCCAACUCUUCCUGACACUGUCGAAGUGUCCUUGAGCAAGACACUUAACCCCAGUGCUCCCGAUGAACAGGUUGGCUCCUUGUUUGGCAGCCUCCGCCAUCGGUGUGUGAAUGGGUGAAUUUGAGGCAUGACAAUGUAAAGCUUUGGGUGCUCGCAGGAGUCGAAAAAAGCUCUAUAUAAAUGCAGUCCAUUUACCAUUUAGGAACUGUGACAUCCAUUUCAUUCACUCAUUGUUUCCACAAGAAGUCUUUCCGUCACUCAUGACAUAGGCUCUUGUCAUGGGGUAUACCUAACAUGCAGAAUAACCACUCCUACCACUGUGUUAACUUCACCUGUUCUGUGUUGCUACUUACCUACUUACUUGCUACGUAUCAUACAAUAGAGAAAACUUGAAAGUGAAUGGUAGCCUACAAGUAAAACAGGCAAUCAAGUUGGACUGCUAUUACUUUGAAGCACCAGUUUUAAAACCAGAUAUCAGCAGUUUUUGUAGUAGACAAAUUGAUUAAUAUAUUUUUCAUCAUUGACAGAAGACAAAAUGCUUGUUGAACUAGGUCAGACAAAGCCUCUGAAUCGAUACACUUCAGUUUGGGCCAUUACAUCAAAAUACCUGAAUUCAUUUUCAUUUCAAUCUCGAAGGCAUUGGUUGAGAAUAACUCUUACACGAACACCUAAAACAGGAUACCAAACCAGGAUGCACAGUCACCCGAAAUUUGAUAGCUGAAGUAAUUUGAUGUCUGAUGUCUCCUCAUAUUGAGGUUUUUUUUUUAUGAUGUAUUUUGUUUCUAGAAUUGUAUAACUUAAACAAAGUGUGGUCCACGUAAAGUAUGUACAAAACAAAUAAACUGUUUUGUAGAAAUA